AUGUCAGUGAUUGAAAUGAUUAAAUGUAUUAAUAAAAGUGAUGAAGAGACAAGUUUAAUAAAAGCGACAAGAAAUGAAGAAAUUCCACCAAAAGAGAAACAUUUAGAAGAAAUAAUGCAUUAUUAUACCGAAGAAGUAAAUUCAAAAAGAAUGACAGAAUUAAUUUGUGAAUUAAUAAAGAAGAGUAAUAAAGGAUGGAUAGAAGUUCAACACAUAUUAAUUAUAGUUUUAAAUGUAAUUAAGAUUGAUUACAAAAAAGAAUUACUAAAAAAAAUAAAAAACGAAAAUUUAGAAUUUGGUGUUAUUAUCCAGUUAGGUUUAACUGAAAAAGAUGAUCUCACUAGAAUAUUUUGUAAAUAUAUUGACUCUAUUGUUAAAUUAUAUGAAAGAUUUGAUAUUAUAAUGGAAGAAAAUACUCCAUUAACACCUCUUUGUAAUGAAGUGGAUUGGAGAAAUGCAUUUAAUAAAUUUGAUAUUAUUAUUGGAUUAUUUAAUGAUUUAAAACAAAUUCAUUGGAAAAACAUUGACUUAUAUCUUUCUAAAUUAACAAUUUAUGUUAUUGAAAUAUUAAUAAAAGAAAUGGCUAUAAUAGUUAUUAAACUGAGUUAUUAUAUAAAAACGUUUUUGAUUGAUUGUAAAUCAAUUAAAAAUGAUGACGUUAUGAAAUUUAUUUCAAAAUUAAAUGACUUUGAUUCAGUUCAACAUUUUUAUUUCCAAAAAUUACCUAAAUUAAUUCCUUCAUCUCAAAUACCAACAUUUCCUAUUCUUUCUUAUCGUUCUGGAAUUUUUUCUUCUUUAAUUAAUUCAUUAGAAUUAACAAAGAAAUAUGACCAACAAAUACAAUCAAAAUUGUUAUUAGAUGUUAUUAAUGAAUUUAGUUUACAAUGUUCUUUAAAUGAAACUCCUUUAAGAGAGUUUAUUCAUGAACAUGACACUUAUUCUCAUUCAAGCUCUCAUUCAUUAUCUCGAUCAACUUCUCAUUCAGCAGCUAGUUCAUGUCAAAGAUCAAGAAGUCAUUCUAAACCAUCGUCAACCUCUAAUUCAAGAAAGAAUUCAUUAAGUCUUCAAAAACAAGUUAAUGAUGGUUAUGGGGCAAUAGGAAUAUCAUUAAGAUUAUCGGAAACCUCAUCAAAGAAAAAAGAAGGAUAUCUUAUCAAAACAUCAACACCAAAUAGUGGGACAUUGGCUGAUCUUUAUAAAAAGAGAUCUUAUUCUAAAUCAGGUAAAAUUGAUAUUGACCAAAGUCAUCUUAAAAAGAAAAGUAUUACAACACCAUCAGAUGGAGUUCCAAUAAAGAAAUCUUUUUCAUUUUCAAAUUAA